AUGGGCAAGAAAUGGAGAUGGGGAGUCGUUCUCGAUGCUGGCUCUUCAGGGACUCGACUGCACAUAUACAAAUGGAAGGACCCCGCAAAGGCUAGAAAACAUGCUUUGGAGGAAGAACUGCACAGCCUGCCGAAACUGGUGACAGAGAAGAAAUGGACUAAGAAGAUCAAACCAGGCGUGUCGACAUUUGGGGAGAACCCAACAGCCGUUGGCGACGACCAUCUCAAGGGCCUCGUCGACCACGCCCUCGGCGUAAUUCCCAAGGACCAGAUCGAGGACACGCCCAUCUUUUUGAUGGCGACUGCUGGCAUGCGACUUCUCCCCAAGGUACAACAAUCGGCCUUGACACGCGAGAUCUGUUCCUACCUCAAAAGCACUACCGACUUCUCUCUGCCUGACUGCGACUUGCACAUUCAGAUCAUCCCGGGCGAGACAGAGGGACUGUAUGGUUGGAUAGCAUCGAAUUACCUGCUGGGCGGCUUCGACCACCCGGAGGAGCACAACCAUGGAAAAGGACACAACACCUACGGAUUUUUGGACAUGGGUGGCGCCUCGGCACAGAUCGCCUUCGCCCCGAAUGCGACAGAGGCUGCGAAGCAUGCCAACGACCUGAAGCUGUUGCGCAUGCGGACCCUGGACGGGCAGCGAUCCGAGUACAAAGUCUUCACAGCGACUUGGCUCGGAUUUGGCGUCAACCAGGCUCGCGAGUCUUAUGUCAAGAAGCUGAUCGAUACGUACGAUCCUGAUGCCCAAGAGAUCCCCGAUCCGUGCUUGCCCAAGGGUCUGCGUACCACGACGUCGGGUGAAUUACUGGAGCCUGGCCAUUCGACGGGCUUGACACUACUCGGGACCGGUGACUUUACCAGCUGCUUGAAGCAGACAUAUCCCCUACUUGGAAAGGACGCCCCCUGCUUGGAUGAGCCUUGUCUAUUAAACGGCCAACAUGUCCCCGCCAUCGAUUUUGAUGUCAAUCACUUCAUCGGAGUUUCCGAGUACUGGCAUACGACGCAUGGUGUCUUUGGCAAGGGCGACAUGGCUUACGACUUGAAGACGUAUCAGGGCAAGGUCGAGGAAUUUUGCACGAACAAUUGGGACACGAUCGUCAGCAAAGUGGACUCGGCAAAGAAAAAAGACAACGUCAAGGAAGCGCAGGAGGCAUGCUUCAAGGCUUCUUGGCUGAUCAACGUCAUGCACGAUGGCAUUGGCAUUCCGCGCUUGGGGCUCGAGCAGCCACCGAGUGUGAAUGCUUCAAAGGGUGCCCUAGAAGACGCGAAAGAGAAGGGCUUCCUGGACCCAUUCCAGCCAGUAGACAAGAUUGACGGCAUCGAGGUCAGUUGGACGCUGGGUCCGAUGGUUCUUUACGCCGCAGGUCAAAUCCCGCCCAGAUCUAGCGAUUACCUCCCCGUUGGGUUCGGCAGCAACACGCUGGAGGUCCCGGCCGACUUCAACUACGCAGGGUCUAAGUGGAAGGAGGAUGAUGACGACGAUGACUGGGACGAUACGCUGGAAGACCUGGUCGAUCAUGCAAAGCCGAGCAAGUUCUCGACCUUCUUGUUCUUCGUCUUGGUCCUGGCGGUUCUGGCCUACUUCCUCCGGAGGAAGGAACGUCGCAUGCGAUUGAUGAGCAAGAUCGACAGCUUCACUGGCCGAUCUAGGAAGCCCGGCAGUCCACGGAAACCAGCACGGGGGCUCGCCGGGCUUACGAACAAGCUUUUCGGCAGAUCCAUAGCCCAUUAUGAACGCAUCGCCGAAGAGGGCGAAGCGAGCCAAUUCGAAUUGGGCGACGUCGACUCAGACGAGAACGAUCACUCGGACGGGUCAGAGGAGUCGAGAUUUGGCCGGACAUCGGGGCUUGCCACUCCUAAGCUGAACGACCGAUUCGACACCAGCUCUGCGCUUGACAGGGAGGGGUUGUUUGUCCGCACAGAAAGCCGCGACUCGUUGAGGCUUCCACCAAGCAUGUCGAAUGCGGGAAGACGGUCUCGAACUGGUAGUCCCGCGAGAAAGAGCCCACUGGCGACAGCAUGA